UCACGUCACACUGCUUGAUGUAGCUUACUCUGGAUCGCUACGAUGAUGCCAUGUUUUUGGAUUCAUUGCGUCUGUGCGCUUAUGGAAUACUUCCUUCUAAUCCAUGCAUUCCCCUCUUCUCGAGUCAUGCAUUCGAACAUUCCUUCAUGUUUUAUCAGGCCCACAGGAGUGUCUUCCCUGUCUGAAAAUCGAGAACAGGAGCAUAAUCGGACAUUUCUGUGCAAAUCCAUCCUGUUAUUAAGGACAUGAGGAAGGGAAAUUUCAAUGUGGUGUUGGUCAAGGUAGAUGAAGGAUACAGGCGUCUUGAUCGUUUGCGGCGUUCACCACUAACGAUCACGCUCCUU